AGCGUGGUUAGUGUUUACAGAGUUUAUAGAACUCAACUAAAACUAAGCGAAGUCAAUUGCGCCAACGGAGAGCCGCAGCGCAGCGCGCGCAUUUUUCUGCGCGUUUACCCCCCCUAGCGAGGUUGUGGGGGUUGAGGGGGAGGUGUGGACAUACCAUUGUUUUCUAGAGCUUGUAGAUCAACGGGGCCCGCAGACGCGCCCAAUGGAGUCUAACAUGAGGUUUAGAACACGAAAGGUGAGGUUUAGCGACAGAGAGCUCGGCGUUUUAGUGGAAGAAACGCUGAGAGCGCAGAGCAAACUCAACCGGCUGCUUCCCAACAGAGUGAGGAAUAACGCGUGGCGCCGGAUUCUGAGAAAAGUGAACUCGGUGGCCAAGUCGAGGAGGACCCUCAACGAGGUGAAGAAGAGGUGGUACGACGUGAAAAGGCAGCGAGGACGAGACCUUGAGAGGCUUUAUCAUCAGAUGACGAUGCGGACAUCGGGUGAAAGCUGUUCUUCAGACGAAGAAAGAGGUUCGUGCAACACUGAAUUUGUCAACUUUGUCAAAGAGGAACCGGAGGAACCGAAAGAGCUUCAGCUUCAGCUUCAGCCAGAUCCAUUUCUGACGGACAGUAAAUUGAACGGACAGCUGAUGCCCUGCGUUCCUAUGAUCAAACUGGAGGAUAUAGCCCACCACAUUUCUGCCACACCGUUGUAUUCAAGCACAGAUCUGGAGAGUCUACCAGAACAGAAUCCACCCCAGCUGAAUUGUCAAACCAGUCCAGCGCUUGAUGCUCUGAAUUCUUCUUGCACCGACGAGAGUCCAAAUGUUGAUUCUCCACAGUCUCCACAUAACAGCGAGAUUGAGGACGUACCAAGUCCAUCUGCUGUAGUAGCUGCGAUCUCAGCAGAGAUGAAACAAAUGAAUGCCGCGUGCAGUGCAAUGCUCGCCAGCUCUACCCAGUUAUUAAGUGCUGUGGAGGGAUUGAACAGAGUUAUUGACGCCAUGAACUACCAGCGUAGUUAUUUCCAUCAGAGGAUGUUGGAUUCCCUGGACACCAUUGCUAUUAUGCUGAAGAAACGUGAUGAAGUUUAAGUGGAUCCAUUAGAACCACCUGUAAUACACAAGAACACUCUACAACAACCGUUAAAACAAGCCUAUUUAGGGAAAAAUUGCCUUCCUUUCUUGUUUAUAGGCUAUGAAACUAAUGCAGUAAUUCUAAUGUUACAUAUUUUUGAUUAAAGUUUACUUUGUCAUCUUGCAUGCUUGUCUUGGGUUUUUUUCUACUUUUUAGUUUGUCCAAGCGCUUCGUAAAGGGGAAAUUUCUUCAUGAUUUACACGUUAUAAUGUAAACAAACCCAUUUGAUGGGAAAUAGAGAAAUAUGGCUGGUUGGAAUUGUUCACAGUGGUGGUGAUAGGAACCAGACAUCAUUUAAUGCCUCUGAAAGCUCCCUCACAGGAAGUUACUACAUUUAACAGUUAAUAGUAUGUAGUAUAUUUUUCUUUAUUCCAUUUAUGGUGUAGGGCUACAUGCAGAGAAAGGCAAAAUAGCUCCUAAAGAAAACUUCUUUUUUCAGAUUGACCGCUACUU